UACUCUUUUCAGUCUUUCUUCCCAUUCCAACCCACCUGUACUUCUCUUUUGCAUCUGUCUCUUUCUUCUCCUUUAACAAAACGAAAUCAUCCACAUUCCUUAACAUUCGAUGGAUGACCUAACGGAGUCCUUCACGCUGUCCGCCGCCACUGCCAUACCGCUCUGCCUGUCUCCGUUACCUAAUUCCCAGAGUCGGAGAAACGGGCAAUCCUCUACUGUCGAUGACGAUCUCAAAGCUCUCCCUCAUAAAGUGUACAAGUCUCGCAAGAAUUAUUUAAAGAAAUUACACAAGGUCAAGAAGGGACCUGCACCUGUCACCUUCGUCUCUUCCAACAGAAGAAACAGCCUACUUCCUUGUUGGCUGAACAUGAACGCCUCAGUGAAAGUUGGAGAACCGGUGAAUCUUCUGAAUAGUACGCUGGCCAUGGAGAAAGUGGCGACGGGUGUUCCACGUCCAAUAUCCAGCUUUUAUGGUAUGGAGCAAGGUAAACCAGGUAAUGUCGUGACGACGGCAGCAACUAGUAAAGAUCAGGCCACAGUUUCUGCAUUGGUAUCAACACUGUCUUCACCGGCUGGAUCGGGUCACGGUUUUACCCCGCUUCCGUUAUUUACCCCUCUACAUUUCCGUCUAGAUUGCUGUUGCGAAGAGCUCCUUGAAAUUUCCUGGAGCGUAGAGGCCACUAUUACUCUCAUUGAAGCCUGGGGCCGCCGUUCUAUUGAGCUCAACGGAGGCCACUUCCGCCCAGAGGAUUGGCAACAUGUUGCGGACGCCGUCAACGCUGUUCACGCUAAUUCUGAGAAAAGGCAGCGUAGCCGUUUUCAAUGCAGAUUUCGCAUGGAUUUCAUCAAGAGAAGGUACAAAAAAGAAAAGACACAUGUCACCUCCUCGUCAAACCAAACCCAGAAAUCUUCAUGGCCGUUUUUCGAGCGCAUGGAUGCCUUGAUGACACAGGCUGAUCUGCAGAACCUUAUGCAGGGUUUGAGCAUUGCACCAGCACAGCAAGUGCCCGCAGUAUCCCCAGUUUCAUCAACACCGGCCUCACAAUCCGGAAAGGAUUUCAACUAUCUUUCACUCCCCAUUGCAUUGCACCAUUAAUUAAUUGUUCCCAAAAUAAACUUUUUGGAUACCAUUAUUUCGUAUGGUUAAUUAGUUUUACAUAUAUUCUAUGAAAUUGUUUAAUUAAUUUGAAUAAUUAAUAUUUUGCUAUA